AUGGCCGACGAUUCCAACACCACCAGCACAUCCUCACCGCGCCACGCUCGUCGUUCAUCUUUUGCAGGCGAGACCUUUGCCAACCUGUUCGGCACCCACCGCGGCUCCGUCUCCCGUUCCCCCAGCGAUUCCCAGCCCGCCGCUGCCAACAACAACAGCCCUCAACAGCCAUACCCAGGUCCCAUCACCAGUGCUGCCGCUCAGGCUCAGAGAAGGCGACUAUCGCUGACGACACUCGGACUGUCUGGCUCGCCCAACCAGACUUCGCCAUUCGGCUCAUACCACAACCGCCGUGAUAGCUAUGUCUCAGGCAACAGCGAUGCCAUCGACGAGUCUGCCAUUGAGGACGAGCCGGGUGCGUCCCAGACGACACCUUUCGGAAGACGCAUGAGUUUCGGCGCCAAGGCGCUGAGGGAUGUGAGGACUGGAGGAACAAGUCCUGGACAGAAUGGUACUAGUAAACCAUCUACUGUCGUCGCCGAUUCUUCCAACGGCACAGUAAAAUCAAAAGCACCAAACGGGACAAUCUCUUCCCGAGAUGCCAAGGGUCGAGGCAAUCCAGAAGGAUUCAACUGGUCUGAGAACUUCCGCACCCGUGCAGAGCGGACAGCUUCCAUUGCUGGAGGCACCCAACCUUCUUUCGGACUUGCUCCCAACCAGCGUGACCGCGCCAAGAGUGUUGCUGUGAUGGAGCCACCAGCCCGUGAGAUGCCGAAGCCCAAAGAACAAGUCCGACCGGACCAUUUCCAGGAGAGGAUCCUCAAAGGCGACUUCUACAUGGAUUAG